UACCUCAGAAUCGAACCACCUUCGUCAGCGACCUCGAAUACUCAACGAGGUCGCCCACAGCCCGAUCACAGCGUUCAAAUGUGAAUACCCAAGCACCAGCAAUUGCAACCAUGGCUGAUCUUCUUCUUGAUCUACUCGACACACGGCAGCCUCCCAGAGCCGAGACCAACCCGACACUGCGGUCAACCAAGCUAGCUUAUCUGUCCCAUCUCGCGGACCAAAGUCCAGCAGCCCUAACAUCAACAGAGCCUCAAUCCCUAGCUCAGGCUUCACAAUCACUCCUUCUCUCACUUCAAGAUGUCUCGAAACGCUCUCACAGGUCCAUCAUCGACUCGGCCUCGCAUCAUGCUAGUCUGACCCGCGCUUUACCUACUUUAGUCGCGGAUACUACAGACCUACGCAAUGCAAUCCCCAAGCUUGACUUAGAGGCACUGCGUUUUUCUACCACCUACAGCAAAACUAGCGAUAAUGAGGACCUAGCAGAAAGAAAGCGUGCUCUCUUGCUACUCCGCAACGUUGAGCGCCUUGUUGACGUGCUUGAGCUUCCAACCCUCCUUUCAUCAGCCAUCAACACUGUCCCUGCCAACUACGCCUCGGCCCUUGAUCUCAAUGCCCACAUUCGGAGGAUCCAUGGCCUGUACCCGGAUUCACCACUGGUUGAUCUGGUUUCCCGCCAAGCCGAUGAUGCCAUCAUCAAAAUGACGGCUGACCUCAUAUCCGCUCUCAAAUCUCCAGGGCUCAAGUUGGCUGCAUCGCUACGCACCGUCAGCUGGCUUAGGAGGGUACUGCCUGAUUUAUCCUCGAUGAGCUCCUUGAGUCGCGAGUCCCAGGAGCAUACGCUCUCUCUACUAUUCCUUUGCUGUCGCGUAGCGACCUUGGACGCGACUCUGGGGGCCCUGCAACCCCUCCGCGAAUUGGCCGAUGAGGAGCAGCACAGGCAACAAAGCCCUAACAAUCAGUCCUGGUCCGGCGGUCAGCAGACAGAAAAGUACCUCAAACGUUAUGUCGAGAUCUUUCGGGAGCAGAGUUUCGGGGUCGUUUCCAUGUUUAGGAGCAUCUUCUCCGAUACAAGCCAUCCGGCCAGCCGACCUCAUGCCGACGCCAAGGAUCCUCUCCAGCCAUUACCGUCGACGUUGUCGACUUUUCCACUUCACCUUGUCGAGAUGCUACUCGAGACCUUGGGGAAAUAUCUCCCUACUAUCAGGGACCAGGCAGCACGAGAUAGCAUUCUCACGCAAGUGUUGUACUGCUCAGGAAGCUUGGGCAGGCUUGGGGGCGAUUUUGGUACGCUGCUAGCUGGGUUUAGUAACGAGGGCGAGGGAGUGACGAAACAAUCCGAAUGGGUUGAUAUAGUCAAGCGACACCGAUUGCUGUCGGGGCGCCUUGAGUCAGUCAUUGGUGACUACAAGACAGCUGGAGCUGGUGUCAAAGACGGGCGCGGAGGAACCAACAAUGCCAGCCCUUGAUACCAUUCUUAUUAUACAGGUUCAACGAGAUAUAUGGUUUGUUUAUUCACGGUGGGAAAUAGACCCCCCAAAAGACAAAAAAAAAGGGGGGGUGAAUACUAGCCGUACCGCGAAAACAGGACGAUAGCUAGAGAGUGAGCUAGCUGUCCCCCUCCAGCAUCGCCACACCCAACGCAUUAGCUAUGUAAGUCGUGGCGAAAGAUACUCUUCGCUAUUGCAUUUGUUUUGGGGGGAAGAGUAGAAGAGGGCAGAUGCUGCUUUCAAGAGACCUGGCUGAUGGCAACACUGCGGUGAUUGUGAUUCGGACAAGACCCGGACUCAACGGCUCGGAUAGAAGCAUAAUAUAGCUAUAUAUAAUACAACUUACGGAUACCAUGUAUGGUUCACCUCAA